AGCCUUCCAACUCUUUGUCGACCCAUUCGCGCUCUAUACAUUGAAUGUAUAUGUGUUUAGAACGUUACAGCAAGAUGAACCAUACCCAACUUUGCGGUUGCCGUAAAGCGAAGACAUAGCCGUGAAUACUGACGAUAACAGAGAAUUGAAAUUCAUAUAAGCUGUACAAACCAACCCAAAGUGUGGCAUUUGCUCCUUAGACAUCUGGCGCAUAUUGAUGUCUUGAGUUUACUUAAGACGAUAUUUACAUGAUAUCUAGUGACCCUUUGCCUGAGUGAGUGAAGCGAGAUAGCAAGCAAGCGAUAGAAGAAAAAUAGCUUGCUAGCGUUUUAGCCAGUCACUGCGAUGGCCUCUGAUAGCGAAAACAACAUGGACAGAGAAAUUAUUUUGGCUGACUUUCAGGCUUGCACUGGCAUUGACGACAUUGCAGAGGCAAUCACGCUCUUAGAACUCAAUAAUUGGGAUUUAGUGGCGGCCAUCAAUGGUGUGAUACCACAAGAGAAUGGGAUCUUGCAAAGUAACUUAUCCAGCGUGGCAUCCCAGGCCAACAUCUAUGGAACUCGCAGCCAAGCAACACCAGCGGCUCCACCAGCGGCUCCAGCAGUAGCAUCCUCGUCUUCCUCAGCCUUCUGCCCCGCCCUCCCUUCCCGACACAUUGUGGAGCGGCAGCCACGCAUGCUCAACUUCCGGGUGGAGUACCGCCAGCGCACUGUGGAAGUGGUCAUAGAGGAGGGCAGCGUAGUCGGGGAAAUUAAACAGAUUCUUGAGACAGAGCUUCAGGUCCCCGUAUCAAAAAUGCAGUUGAAGGGUUGGAAGAGUGGAGACCUAUCUGACAGUGUCGUUCUGCAAAGUUUACACUUGCCAAAGAACAACAGCCUGUAUGUGCUGACCCCAGAGAUCACCCCCACUGCAAGCACCAGCCAAAACAGCGUCCUCCAGGAGUCGUUAAAUCAGAACUUCCUGCUCGUCAUCAGCCACCGUGAAGCCCAGAGAGACUACAACCUCAACUUCCCCGGCAGUCGAACCAUACAGGAGGUGAAGAGGAAUGUUUCAGACCUGAUAAACAUCCCAGUGCGACACCAACAAUGGGAGGGCUGGCCUGCUUCGGCAUCUGAUUCAAUGACACUAGCUGCCUCUGGAAUCAGCUACCCCUGCCAUCACCUCAGUGUGUGUCGAAGGUCCUCACCAGCCAACACCCGGGAGCCAACAGAAGAGGUCAACAAUACUGAAGUGAAUGUGUUUAUACAGUGCGCAGAUGUUCACAUGGUAAGUGACAGCGAAGGGGAUGACUUUGAGGAUGCAUCUGAAUUUGGAGUGGACGAAUCAGAGAUGUUCGGAAUGGGGACUUCUACAGGCUGUCGGAAAGCCCCCUUGAUGCCAGAGAACACUGAAAAUGAAGUAGAUGCCUUACUGCACUUUACUGCUGAAUUUACCACAAGGUAUGGAGAAUGUCAUCCAGUGUUCUUCAUUGGGACUUUGGAGGCUGCAUCUCAAGAGGCCUUCUAUGGCAAAGCCAGAGAUAGAAAACUGCUGGCAAUCUACCUCCACAACGACGAGAGUGUGCUCGGCAAUGUCUUCUGCUCCCAGAUGAUGUGUGCAGACUCCAUAGUGUCCUAUCUGAGCCAGAACUUCAUCACAUGGGCCUGGGAUGUCACUAAAGAAGCUAACAAAGCCAGACUACUCACUAUGUGCACGAGGCACUUUGGCAGUGUGGUGGCACAGACGAUUCGGACAUACAAGACAGAUCAGUUCCCCCUCCUCCUUAUUGUCAUGGGAAAGAGGACAUCAAAUGAAGUUUUAAAUGUUAUUCAAGGCAACACGACAGUGGAUGAGUUGAUGAUGAGGCUAAUGGGUGCAAUGGAAAUCUUCACAGCUCAGCAGCAAGAGGACAUCAAGGAUGAAGAUGAACGUGAAGCCAGGGAAAUGGUGAAGAGGGAGCAGGAUGAGGCCUACCAACUGUCUUUAGAGGCUGACCGUAAAAAGAGAGAAGCACAGGAGAGAGAGCAGGCAGAACAGCUUCGCCUGCAACAGAUCCAGAAAGAAGCAGAUGAUGAGAAGGAGGCCAUCCGCCUCUCAUUGGAGCACGCCCUGCCGCCAGAGCCUGCGGAGGAAGGAGGAGAGCCAAUUAGCAAGCUGCGUAUCCGAACCCCCAGUGGAGAGUUCCUGGUGCGGCGCUUCCUGGGCAGCACCAAGCUGCAGGUCCUCUUUGACUUUGUGGCCUCCAAGGGCUACCCCUGGGAGGACUUCAAACUGCUCACCACCUUCCCCCGCAGAAACAUCACCCAGCUAGACCCAGCCUCGUCUUUACUGGAGGCCAAGCUUUUCCCUCAGGAGACCCUGUUCCUCGAAGCUAAAGAGUAGGACUGACUGGCCUGGCUGUGGUGGUGGGACUGGCUGGAAGAGUAGUGAAGAGCUCUAGCAUGGUCCCAGUGGGUCUACAGAGACCGACCACCCUCUCACACAGAUGUGAACUCUUAAACACACAAUACACAACAUACAGUACACUACUUAGACACAACCCACACGUAAGCUUCUCUGCUCUCGGCCUGUGCAUCAUACAUGAUUGCCUAGUGUACCUGUAUGUACAGAGAAGCAACCACAAGCACACAGCCAAACUCUUUCGCCCCUCACUUAAUUGCAGUGUCAUGGUUUUCUCUGCCACACUCUUACAGUAUGAUCAAGGAUAUUAAAAAUAAACUUUUGAGUAGAAGAACAGCAUCACGGACAAGGACUUCCCGCUACAGUACGUACGGCUGCUAUUUUAGACGUGUUGUUUCAAUAAAGUAAACAAAAAAAAGCAAAGAGACAUUUUUCCUGGAGAACGCUGGACUAUCAUCUCCACCUGCAUUUGGCUUGUACCCUCUUUGCUCCCUCCACCCCCAUGCACCUCCAUGCACCCAGCCAGUGACGGACCCCCCCCUGCCCCCAUCCAACCCGACCAUCACAAGCAGCCAAAGAGGCUCAAUGUUCCUGAUCUGCACCCCUCCUGCUCUGCUCCGACCAGCCUGGUUUUAAUUUCAAAAGGCUCCACAACCAACUGUUCCUCCUUUAUUUUUCUUGAUCCUUUUUAAGUUUGAUGCUGUUUUAGUUUGAUAUACAUUAUAUAAAAUAUAUAUGAACAUGCAUCUGUCUGAGCCAGCACUCUCUUGAAAUGCACACAGACACACACGUCGGUUGACAUUUUAUAUUAUUAUUGAGGCCUUAAUUGUUUUUUUUCUUCUAAUUUAAGUUAUCUUAAUACAGAUUUGACAGGGAACAUUUUGAGGAGCAGGAUAGGCUAUUAAUUUUGUACAUUUCACUUGGCACAUUAUUUAUAGUAUUACAUUUAUUUUGCGCCUUUGUUUUUACCAUUGGGCAUGUUCCUAUGCUUAGAUGUUGCUGACACAUGACAGGUCUAACACACCUGGAUAUAUAUUUUAAGUGUCAGCUAACCACAUGUUGUAGCAAUUUGUCAGUCGACGAUGACGUGGCAUGCAACCAUUGGUUGUUGCGUCGCCUCACCUUAGCUGUGGAACGCGCCCAUUAUGAUUUCAGGGUUUCUGUCAUUGAGGCAUCAGCAAACUUUCUAUUCCAUAUUAAAGCUGUUAUAUUAUUUAUGCCAUUUGUCUAUUUGGCCAGUAGGCUGUCCCUGUCUGAAAGAUAUGAAUAAGAGUUUUUGUGUUUGA